AUGCCGACCCUAAUCCUAGACCUCUUCAAAAUCACCCUCCCCCAUCACCCCGGCGGCCGCCGCCACCUCGGCAUCAACUACCUCGUCCCCUCCACCGCCGGCGACCGGGAGCGCAUCAACCUCGCCUCUCUCCGACGACAGCACGUCGCAAGCAUGCAGUCGCGGCUCCCAACCCCACCCCCUUCCUCUUCAAGGGAUGCCCAUGCCCAUGCCCUCGGCCUGGAAACCUGGGACGACGGCACCGUCGAGCUGCGCGGGUUCCCCAUCGAGGAUAUUUUGGUGGUGCGCAUGGUCAACAAGAUGACGGGCGAGACGGACACGAGUUACGAGUUGCACUUUGAGUAUGUGUUUGAUGCGGAACGGGUGGCGGAUGUACUUGGGUUGGCGGCGGGACCGCCGGUGGAAAAAGAUGAGGGACCUGGGGGGUGGAGGGGGGAUAGGGAUGGAGGCUUCAGGGAGGUGGAGAAGAGGUCGAUGAUACCGAUCCCGGUUCAGCCGCCGAGGGAGGGGGAGAGGAGGUCGAUGAUACCGGUACCGGUUCAGCCGCCGCAUCCGGAACCGCCGAGAUUGAAGGUCAGGAAGAGUCAGAGGUUUUGA